ACACACACACACACACACACACACACACACACACACACACACACACACACACACACACACACACACACACACACACACACACACACACACACACACACACACACACACACACACACACACACACACACUCCCCUCCCUCACACUCUUCCACACACGCAAACUCCCUCACUUCCAACCCUCCACUCCCCAUCUGUGGUGUCUGACUAGAUAGAAGCCCUGUAGGAGAAUGGCAACUCACAGAAACUCUAGUUUUCUCAUCAACCUCUCCCACCACCCACGAUGGACACAAAAUCCCUCAAUGAGGGAGAGAAGGAGACAAAGAAGGACAGAGGAUACAGACCCAUUGAACAGUACAACCCCCACAUCUAAAUCUGCAGUGCUACGCUCCAGAAGCUGGUGGGGCAACUGGCUUAUGUUGCCCCUGCUGAUGGCCACCUAUCUACCGUGUGAGGCCUGGGGCGCCACUUUCACUGUGGCCGUAGUUGGGCCCUGGACAUGUGACCCUAUGUACUCCAAAGCCCUCCCUGACCUGGCUGCCCGCCUGGCCACCGCCCGCCUCAACAAGGACCCCUACACUAAGAAAGGCUACUGGUACGACUAUACUCUGGUCAAUGAGGACUGUAAAACAUCCCGCGCUCUGGCCCGCUUCACCUCUCUGGAAGGAUAUGGCUCAGCUUUUCUCGGCCCUACUAACCCAGGCUACUGCUCUUCGGCUGCCCUGUUUGCGAAAAACUGGAAUAAGCCCCUUUUUUCCUGGGGCUGCCUGAAACCCAACAUGGAGGAUGGACAGUAUCCCACCUUUCAUCGGCCACUGCCUCUGUCCUCCCGGGUUCUGUUUUCUAUGCUGCGGUACUUCCGCUGGGCCCACGUAGUCAUUGUGACGUCAGAGGAUGACCUGUGGGAGGCUACGGGACACGAACUGGCGGCCUCUCUGAGGGCCCUGGGCCUGCCGGUCAGCACUGUGGUCACCAUGGAGCCUGACAAAGAUGGGCCCACAAAAGCCUUGAAAAGGAUACGGGAGUUAGACCGUGUCAGAGUGGUCAUUAUGUGUAUGCACUCAGCUUUGAUCGGUGGUGUGGCCCAGUAUCAGCUCCUAACCUCUGCCUUGAAUAUACACAUGAUAGAUCGAGGCUACGUUUUUAUCCCCUACGACACCCUCACAUACUCACUGCCCAAGGGCACAAACUUUAAUACCCUGACCAAUGACAGCUUGUUGAGAAAAGCCUACGACGCAGUUCUCACAAUCACCAUGGAUUCUGGCGAGAAUACUUUCUAUCAGCGCUUCAAAGAUGCUCAGGAGAAAUUUGAGAUCCGCACCAGCACUCCACCAGAGCAGGUGUCUCCAUUUUUCGGCACCAUCUACAACAUGAUAUAUUACAUGGCCUAUGCAGUAGAGAAGAGUCGGAUGGCAGCGGGGCGCUGGGUGGAUGGGGAAACCAUGCUCGAGAGCGAUGGAGGAGUCAAAUUUGAGGGCUUCAACCAGCACAUCUCAUCCGACAAAGAUGGGUUGGGGAUGCUGGCUCGCUACGUGGUCCUGGACUCAGACGGGGGAGACAAACUCUACAUGACACACACUCUGGAGGCCCCCCACACCCUUGGCAAAUUUGGGGCGGUCAAGUACAAUGGGCGCUCCAUCCACUUUGCAGGCAGUAGCCCCAGCACAGACUCCCGUUGCUGGUUCAGUCCAUACAUCACCUGCGGUGGGGGAAUGGAUGCGGGUACUAUUCUCUUUCUGUUUGUCCUGUUCUGUGGGUUGGUUGGAGGUGGAGCUGCCUUCUAUAUGAAGAGAGGUGGCCAGAUUGGAAUCAGCUUUGGAGGAUCAGGGGAAGGAGAAGGGUCCUUAAAAGUAGUCUUGAAUCUGAAUGACCUGAUUUUCAUCAAUACCCAGACCAGCACAAGGAAGCUGAAUGAGGACAGUAUGAUGAAGAGUCAGCUGGAUGUGAAGACGCCUCGCCACUCAGUGUCAGGACGCAGCUACUUUGCCUCCACCCCUGACAGCUCCAACGUCGCCGUCUUCAAGGGUGACUGGGUGUGGUUGAAGAGAUGUCCCAAUGGAAACACUGUGUCUAGUGUCAGUAAUAGCACAAAAACUAUUUUCACAAAGCUCAGGGACAUGCGGCAUGAGAAUCUCAACCUGUUCCUAGGCCUGUUCCUAGACUCAGGGAUAUUUGGUAUUGUGACAGAGCACUGUACCAGGGGCAGCUUGGAGGACCUUCUCAACAACGAGGAAAUGCGUCUCGACUGGAUGUUCAAGUCCUCCCUGUUGAUGGAUCUGAUCAGGGGAAUGAAGUACCUGCACAACCGGGAUGUCAUCCACGGGCGCCUGAAGUCCCGAAACUGUGUGGUGGACGGACGCUUUGUGCUAAAGGUGACUGAGUACGGCUUCAACGAGAUCGUAUCCACCCAGAGCAUCAACUUUGACAAAGGCAGGCCUGAGGAUCAGCUGUGGGUGGCUCCAGAGCUGCUAAGGAACUCCAAGCUGAUGAAGAGGGGAACGUUCCAAGGAGACGUCUACAGCUUCGCCAUCAUUAUGCAGGAGGUCAUCGCCCGCUGUGCUCCCUUCUGCAUGCUGGACAUGCCUCCCAAGGAGAUCCUCAGUAAGUUGAUAUCCCCCCCACCACUGUGUCGGCCCACUGUGUCAGUGGAUGAGGCUCCACUAGAGGUGAUCCAGGUCAUGAAACAGGCCUGGAGUGAGGAGCCAGACAAGAGACCCACCUUCGAGGAGAUAUUCAAACAGUUCAAGAGUAUAACCAAGGGGAAGAAGACCAACAUCAUAGACUCAAUGCUGCGUAUGUUGGAGCAGUACUCUACUAACCUCGAGGACCUGAUUCGGGAGAGGACAGAGGAGCUGGAGGUGGAGAGGAAAAAGACUGAUCAGCUGUUGGCCCAGAUGUUGCCCAGGUCUGUGUGCCUGGCCCUGAAGACGGGCAAGCCUGUGAAACCAGAGCACUUCUCUGAGGUCACUCUGUACUUCAGUGACAUUGUGGGCUUCACUACCAUCUCUGCACUCAGCGAGCCCAUUGAAGUGGUAGAUUUACUCAAUGAUCUCUACACACUCUUUGAUGCCAUCAUCGGGCAGCAUGAUGUCUACAAGGUGGAGACCAUCGGAGAUGCCUACAUGGUAGCCUCUGGAGUUCCAAACCGGAACGGUAGACGCCACGCAGCUGAGAUGUCCAACAUGUCCCUGGACAUCCUGCACUGUAUUGGAACCUUCAAGAUGAGGCACAUGCCUGAUGUCAAGGUCAAGAUUCGCAUCGGCCUUCACUCUGGCCCUGUGGUGGCAGGAGUGGUGGGUCUGACGAUGCCUCGGUACUGUCUAUUCGGAGACACUGUCAACACGGCUUCUCGAAUGGAGUCAACAGGGUUGCCUUACAGAAUCCAUGUCAACCAGAGCACAGUCGAUAUCCUACAUGAACUGAAAAUGGGCUACAAAAUAGACACCAGGGGCAUGACAGAGCUGAAGGGGAAGGGAAUUGAAAACACAUUCUGGUUGGUUGGGAGAGCUGGGUUCGACAAGAUUCUCCCAAGACCGCCUGACCUUACUCCAGGGGCAAGUAACCAUGGCAUCAGUUUGGAAGAGAUUCCUCCAGAUAGGAAACAGAAAUUCCUUGACCGGCAGGCGAGGAAUAAGUAGCCUGUAAGAUUGUGUUGCCCAGUCCUCCUACCUGUUGGAGUGAAAGACCAGAUAGGUGAAUUGACCAGGUUGGUUGAGAGGAUGGGUUAGGGGUGUGUCUGACAGACCGUCUGUCGCAUCACCCCAUGUGUCCUGUCGAGUGCUGAUCCACAUUGCACAAAUAAGCCAAAGUCGGAGAGACACUGUCUGUCUUUAACACAAUACAUUUGUUUGCACAGAGCAAAGAUGAGUUAAAAUAAGAGUAUUUCUUACAUUUAGCAAAUGUGGGAAAUAGGAGGGAUAAAUAAAGGUGUAUUACAAUUAUGCACAAAAUACCAAAUAUAUUGAUUUAGGAGUCACUGUAGAAUGAAAACAUCACAACACAAACAUGGGAAGAGAUUGGCUCUUUGCUUGAAAUAAACUAUAAAUGACCAUGAUAUUGUGUGUAAUAUACUGUAUGUAUCUCUACGGUCUCUUUUGCUUUGUAGAAAUAUUUGACAGAGUAUAGAAAAGUGUUCAUACUCCACUAUAUAACAAGGGUAUAUUUAAGCAAUAAGGCAUGAGAGGGUGUGGUAUAUGACCAAUAAACCACUGCUAAGGGCUGUUCUUCAGCACGACGCAACGCAGAGUGGCUGGAUACAACCCUUAGCCAUGGUAUUUUGGCCAUAUACCACAAACCCCAGAGGUGCCUUAUUGCUAUCAUAAACUGGUUACCAAUGUAAUUAGAGGAAUAAAAAUAAAAGUUGUGGUAUACGAUCUGAUAUACCACGGCUGUCAGCCAAUCAGCAUUCAGGGUUCGAACCACCCAGUUUAUAAUAAAAUGUAGCACAUGCUCUAUUUCAAAUGUGGUACUGUAAUCUCUCUCAAUGAUACAUUCAUCUUAGAAGUAAUGUAUUUCCUUCCUUGUGGAAGAAUCUGGUCCAAUGCGUUUUUUAAAUGUCCUUAUUGUCAUGCUUCAAUAAUUAACGCCUUCUGAUUGUUUGAAUGAUAUUUGAAAAUUAUCAACCCAUUAGAAAAUAUUCAUUUAUAUUUUUUCAAACAUUUGCCAGCUGGAACAUUAAUUGAAUAAUUUUCACAUAAAAUAAAUGUAUUGCAAAAUCACUGUUCCCAAAAUGAAGCUUCACGUAAACAGAUUAUUAGUAAAAACGUUCACUCAUACAUUUAUCUCUAUAGAGAUACAACUAUUUCUAUGCCCCUCUCUUUAAAAUCAUGCUUCAUUCAUGUUAUUACUG